AUGAGUGCGAGUAACAGUGGCCAUGAGGGGCCGCAGCCCUCGCCGAGUCCGGCCCAUAUGGCCACCACCACCCUCAAAGUCGAUGGAAUGACCUGCGGUGCCUGCACCUCCGCAGUCGAGUCAGGGUUUAAGGAUGUCGACGGUGCCGGUGCUGUAUCGGUCAGCUUAAUGAUGGGAAGAGCCGUGGUACAUCAUGAUCCCAAGAAGUUGUCUCCCGAGCAGAUUGCAGAGAUCAUUGAAGACCGUGGUUUCGAUGCCGAAGUCCUCUCCACCGAUAUGCCAAAACCACCGGUUCUGUCCAUUUCAACCGGAGUAUCCGAUUCAAAAGCUCAGCUCACAGCCACAACGAUAUCUAUACAAGGAAUGACUUGCGGGGCAUGCACUUCCUCCGUGGAGGCGGGCUUCAAGGAUGUUCCGGGUGUCAAAAGCAUGAGUGUUUCUCUUUUGGCGGAGCGGGCAAUCGUCCAGCAUGACGCAAAAAUCAUAAGUGCCGAUGCAUUGGCGGAAAUCAUUGAAGAUCGGGGAUUCGACGCCAGCGUGAUCGAUUCAAAACUUCAAGACGCUACUAGACCGGCAGGCGGGAAUGCAGAAGCCAACGACCAGUCGCAAACGUGGACAACCACUGUAGCCAUCGAAGGCAUGACGUGUGGAGCUUGCACCUCCUCCGUCGAAGGCGCUUUCAAGGGCGUUCCCGGUCUGGUCAAGUUUAACAUAAGCCUUCUGGCAGAGCGAGCAGUCAUCUCCCAUGACCCAGUCGUCCUUCCCUCCGAGAAGAUCGUCGAACUUAUUGAAGAUGCCGGGUUCGAUGCUAAAAUUGUGUCGUCUUCUCAAGCUGAUACCAAUGUGCAGAGCUCAACACACGUUUCCCAGCAGCUCAAGAUUUAUGGUCUUCCCGAUGGGCAGACUGCGACUGAGCUGGAAAACAAGUUGAGAGCAAUGCCGGGCGUCAAGAGUGCGGUAAUCAGUCUUUCCACGUCUCGUGCUACCAUUACCUACGAUCCGGCCCUGGUCGGUCUUCGCAUGAUUGUCGCGGUCGUUGAAGACGCUGGAUUCAACGCCUUGGUUGCAGACUCGGAAGACAAUAACGCACAGCUGGAAUCUCUCGCCAAGACAAAAGAGAUCCAGGAGUGGAAGAAAGCAUUUCUGACUUCCUUGGGCUUCGCGAUUCCCGUGUUUUUGAUCAGCAUGAUUAUACCCAUGUUCUUCAAGUCGAUAAAUUUUGGAGCCAUUGAGAUCAUCUCGGGCCUCCUUUUGGGUGACGUUAUCUGCUUCGCACUUACAAUCCCCGUGCAAUUCGGCGUUGGAAAGCGUCUCUAUAUUUCAGCAUACAAAAGUUUGAAGCACAAGUCGCCGACCAUGGAUGUGUUGGUUGUUUUGGGUACUUCGACGGCGUUUUUCUUCAGCUGUUUUGCCGUCAUUGUGGCGGUCUUGAUACCUCCUCACAGUAAACCCAGCACCAUCUUCGACACUAGCACUAUGCUUAUCACAUUCAUUUCUCUUGGGCGAUGGCUCGAAAAUCGAGCAAAGGGCCAGACGUCCAGAGCUCUGUCUCAGUUGAUGUCUUUGGCUCCGAGCAUGGCAACCAUCUAUGAGGACCCUCUGUACGCGGAGAAGCUCGCCGAUACGUGGACAGCUCCAUCGUCUCCAGUGCUCGAGAAGACGCCCACCAUGGAUCUGAGGAGAGUGCCAUCAGGUCCCGGUCCAUCAGGCCCUUCUGCGAUUGAAAAGACCAUUCCAACCGAACUUAUUGAAGUUGGAGAUGUUGUCAUCCUUCGACCCGGCGACAAGAUACCUGCUGAUGGAGUCGUUACCCGCGGAGAGAGCUUCGUGGAUGAAAGCAUGGUGACCGGUGAGCCCAUGCCUAUUCAAAAGAAGAAGGGCAGCACACUCAUAGCAGGUACCGUCAAUGGUGCCGGCAAGAUUGACUUCAAAGUUACACGCGCGGGAAAGGACACACAACUGAGCCAAAUUGUCAAUCUUGUGCAAGAGGCCCAGACGAGCAGAGCGCCUAUUCAGCGAAUGGCAGAUCUUGUCGCAGGCUACUUUGUCCCUAUCAUCAUCCUCCUUGGGUUGAUCACGUUUGUUGGGUGGAUGAUUCUAAGCCACAUCAUGCCUAACCCUCCGAGAAUAUUUACAGACAGACAGAAUGGCGGGAAAUUCAUGGUCUGCCUGAAGCUCUGCAUCUCAGUCAUUGUCUUCGCUUGUCCUUGCGCUCUCGGAUUGGCAACCCCAACGGCGGUCAUGGUGGGAACUGGCACUGCUUCGCAACAAGGCAUCCUCGUCAAGGGAGGCGCCGCUCUUGAAACAGCCACCCGCAUCACCCAUGUCGUUCUGGACAAGACGGGUACUCUGACUUUCGGAAAACUUAACGUCGCCGACACAAGCUAUGCAGCUCUCUGGAACUCCAAUGAAUGGCGUCAGAAAUUGUGGUGGACUCUUGUUGGUCUCGCCGAGACAGGAUCUGAACACCCCAUUGCCAAAUCCAUCGUUCUUGCCGCCAAGGAAAAGCUCGGUCUAGAAAUAGAGGAAGGCCUUCCCGGCCAGGUUGGCACCUUCGGCGUCACCGUUGGUCAAGGAGUAUCAGCCAUCAUUGAGCUCAACAACCCAGGGGAUGAAACCAAGUACAAAGUCUACGUCGGAAACGCAACCUUCUUGGCCAACAAGAAGAUCGAUAUCCCGGCCGAUGUCGAGAGCGCAGUCAACGCGGCUCUGUCUCCCACAACCCGAAGCAAAUCCAAGACUGGAAUAACGACCAUCUACGUUGCGAUUAACGGACAAUAUGCGGGUCAUAUCGGCCUCUCUGACACUCUUAAACCUACGGCCCACGCCGCUAUAACUGCCUUGCACAAAAUGGGGAUUUCCACCAGCCUCGUCACUGGAGAUACCUAUAACACUGCCCUCUCCAUCGCUGAAUUGGUGGGCAUACCCCGAGAAUCCAUUCGCGCAUCUGUCUCUCCUGGUGAAAAGCAAUCCAUCAUCUCAGACCUUCAAUCUCAAGGGGAGAUUGUCGCUAUGGUUGGAGACGGGAUCAACGACUCUCCGGCUCUUGCAACCGCCAAUGUCGGCAUUGGUCUUGUCUCUGGAAGCGACAUCGCAGUCGAAGCCGCAGAUAUAGUGAUCAUGCGGUCGGAUGACAUGCUCAAUAUCCCGACCGCCCUGCAUCUGUGCCGUGUCAUAUUCCGCCGGAUCAAGCUCAAUCUAAUAUGGGCCUGUGCAUACAACGUCAUCGGACUACCAUUUGCAAUGGGUAUCUUCUUGCCGCUCGGCUAUCACAUGCCCCCACUCAUGAGCGCCACGGCGAUGAUGUUCAGCAGCAUCUCUGUGACGUUGAGUUCCUUAGCAUUGAGAUGGGUUGGCAGGCCCAAGUGGUUGACUGUUGAAGCUCUGAAGAUGGAAGGAGACAGAUACAGUGCGCCCAUGAUUGGGGCGAAGAGGAGAAAGAGGCCGAUGAACAAUGGCGGCUGGAUGGGCACCGUACAAGGGGUCGCGGAGGCGAUGUUUGACAGACUCGAAGGUGUGGCGAUGAGGAGAAGAGCGCAGGAGAGGGAACGGGGCAAUUACGUCCCGUUGCAAAACGUCGAGGCAGAUGCUGUGUAA